CAUCUACAACCUUUAGCUGCUGCUCUUGCCGGUCGUUGUUGUCUAGGACCUUCGAUUGCUACGCUUGCCUUGUGGCGCUCGCAAUUGAGAAGACCCACCUCCUAUACAUAUUGGUUGGUUUGAGCUCGUUAGCCAUAACUCACUUUCGUUAACAGCGCAAACACCUCGGGGCAGGGCUUUAGAUGAGCGCGUCGGGUGCGGCCCCACCUCCCAAGCCCUGGGAAAAGGCUGCGGCAACAACUACUCCGGGCGCCGGUCCCAAGCCUUGGGAGGUUCCUCAAGCAGCCGGUGCUUCUCAGGACUCCACCGCAAUUGUUCCUCGGACUCAGCCGGCACGUCCCUGGGAGCGAGAAGGCGAUACUAGCAACGCAUUGGCAAGUACCAGCUACGGGACUAGCGCGAUCGGUUCCGCUGCUCCAAGCUAUUCUUCCUCUUUGUACUCAGCGCGGCCUGGCAUGUACGGCAGCAGCUAUGGAACAGGCUAUGGGGCAAGCUCCAGCAUGUAUGGGUCAAGCAUGUACGGCACAGGCUAUCGGCCUGGCUAUGGCUCUAGCAUGUAUGGCGGGGGGUAUGGCAGCAGCAUGUACGGUGCCUCGGGCAGCAUGUACGGCGGUGGAUAUGGGUCUUCUUAUGGGGCUGGAGGCGGCAUGUAUGGAGGCAGCACGUACGGCAGUGGUGGGAUGUACGGUGGCGGUGGCAUGUAUGGC